AUGGCAAAAAGCAAUUACAACGAACGCCCUAAACAGCACAGGUAUUUAAUAGCCCGCCUGAAGAGUACCUCAGUACCUGAUCUUCAAUUUAUGGAAGAUCGUGAGGCCUUCGGAGCUCAUCACAAGGCCGGCGCUGUUAGUCACUGGGCGAGUUGCCCCGCCCACUCACAGGGUCGGCGCGACGCCCACACGCCCUCGUUCUGCUUACGCCCUAUACCAGAAGCACUGAGGCCGAACCAGCGGCUUCUCUCUCUGGGAUCCGAGGGAGCAAGCCCCUCCUUGCCUGUUGCAAAGAGAAAAUCGACGGCGAGUUACCAAGGACUUCCUGAGCCGAAGGAGACCAAGGACCUCCUCAGCGGACCGAGGAGACAAGGACCUCCUCAGAGGACUUCCUCGGAGGAGACAAGGACCUCCUCACCGAAGGAGACCAAGGACCUCCUCAGCGGACCGAAGGAGACAAGGACCUCCUCAGCCAGCAGGACCUCCUCGGCGGACCGGAGGAGACCAAGGACCUCCUUAGUGGACGGAGGAGACAAGGACCUCUCAGCGGACCGGAGGAGACAAGGACCUCCUCGCGACCGGAGAGACCAAGGACCUCCUAACCAAGGACCUCCUCAAGACCUGCUCAGCCGACCGGAGGAGACAAGGACCUCCUCAGCGACGAGGAGACCAAGGACCUGCGACCGAAGGAGACCGAAGCCUCAGCGGACCGGAGGAGACAAGGCCUCAGCGGACCAGACCAAGGACGCUCCUCAGCGGAGGAAGAGACCAACGGACCCUCAGCGGACCGGAAGGAGACCAAGGACCUCUCAGCGGACCGAAGGAGACCAAGGACCUCCUCAGCGGACCGGAGGAGACCAAGGACUCCUCAGCGGACCUGAGGAGACCAGGACCUCCUCAGCGACGCGAGGAGACGCGGACGACCUCCUCAGCGGACCGAAGGAGACCAAGGACCUCAAGGCUCAGCGGACGAAGGAGACCACGGACCUCCUCAGCGGACGAAGGAGACCAGGACCUCCUCCGGAUCACGGACUCCUCAGCGGACCGGAAAGGAGACCACGGACCUCCUCAGCGGACCGAAGGAGACACAAGGACCUCCUCAGCGGACGAAGGAGGAUCCACCGGACCUCCUCAGCGGACCGAGGGAGACCAUGGACCUCCUCAGGCCGACCAGAGGAGACUAAGGACCUCCUCAGUGGACCGAAGGAGACCACGGACCUCUCAAGCGGACCGAAGGAGACACGGACCUCCUCAGGCGGACGCGAAGGAGCACGGACCUCCUCAGCGGGACGAAGGAGAAAAAGGACCUCCUCAGACCGGACGCGGAAAGGAGACAAGAACUCCUCAGCCGACCGGAGGAGACAAGGAGAGGAAGGAGGCAAGGCCUCCUCAGCGGACCGGAGGAGAACAAGGACCUCCUUAGUGGACCGAAGGAGACCAAGGACUCCUCAGCGACCGGAGGAGACCAAGACUCCUCAGCGGACCGGAGAGACCAAGGACCUCCUCGGCGGAUCGGAGGAGACCACGACCUCCUCAGCGGACCGAAGGAGACCAGGAGGCCUCCUCAGCGGGCCGGACCUUCUCAGCGACCACCAAGGACCUCCUCAGCGACCGGAGGAGACCAAGGACCUCCUCAGGACGGAGCCGGAGGAGACCAAGGACCUCCUCGGCGGACCGAAGGAGACCACGGACCUCCUCAGCGGACCGGAAGAGACACGGACAGCCGAAGGAGCCCCUCCUCAGGGACCGGAGAGACCAAGGACCUCCUCAGCGACGCGGAGGAGACAAGGACCUCCUCAGCCAACCGGAGGAGACCAAGAGACCCUCCUCAGCGACGGAGGAGACCAAGGACCUCCUCGGCGGACCGAAGGAGACCACGGACCUCCUCAGCGGACCGGAGGAGACCAAGGACCUCCUCAGCCGACCGGAGGAGACAAGGACCUCGUCGCAAGACGGAGGAGACCAAAGACCUCCCCAGCGGACGGGAGGAGACCCAAGGACCUCCUCAGCGGACCGGAGGAGACCAAGGACCUCCUCAGCGGACCGGAGGACACCAAGGACCUCGUCGGGGACCGAAAGAGACACGGACCUCCUCAGCGGACCGGAGGAGACCAAGGACCUCCUCAGCUGACCAGAGAGACCAAGGACCUCGGCGGACGCGGAGGAGACAAGGACCUCCUCAGACCGGAAGGAGACCCAGGAGCCGACCGGAGGACCUCAAGGACCUCCUCAGCCGACCGGAGGAGACCAAGGACCUCUCACGAUUCCGGAGGAGACCAAGGGGACGACCUUCCUCAGCGGACCGGAGAGACCAAGGACCUCCUCAACCAAGGACCUCUCAGCGACGUGAGGAGGACCAAGACCUCCUCAAGCGGACGGAGGAGACCAAGGACCUCCUCAGCGGACCGGAGGAGCAAGGACCUCUCAGCCGACGGAGGAGAGAAGGACCUCCUCGGGACCCGGAAGGGAGACACUGGACCUCCUCAGCGGACCGUAGGAGACAAGGACCUCCUCAGCCCGACCGGAGGAGACCAAGGACUCGUCGGCAACCGGAGGAGACCAAAGACCUCUCAGCGGACGGGAGGAGACCAGGACCUCCUCACGUACGGAGGGACCAGGACCUCCUCAGCGGACCGGAGGAGACCAAACCUCCCAAAGGACAAGACCUCCUCAGCGGACGGGAGGAGACCAAGGACCUCCUCAAGCGACCGGAGGAGACAAGGACCUCGUCGGCAGAUACGGAGGAGACCAAAGACCUCCUCAGCGACGGGAGGAGACCAAGGACCUCUCAGCGGACGCGGAGGAGACAAGGACCUCCUCGGCGGACCGGGAGAGACCAAGGACCUCCUCAGCGGACCGGAGAAGACCAAGGACCUCCUCGGCGGACCGAAGGAGACCACGGACCUCCUCCAGCGGACCGAGGAGACCAAGGAACCUCCUCAGCGACCCGGAGGAGACCAAGGACCUCACGACCAGGAGAAAAGGACCUCCUCAGCGGACGGACCGGAGACCAAGACCUCCUCAGCGACCGAGGAAGACCAAGGACCUCCUCAGCGGACCGGAGGAGACCGAAGGAACCUCCUCGGGACCGGAGGAGACCACGGACCUCCUCAGCGGACCGGAGGAGACAAAAGACCUCCUCAGCGGACGGGAGGAGACCAAGGACCUCCUCAACAAGGACCUCCUCAGCGGACCGGAGGAGACCAAGGACCUCCUCGGCGGACCGGAGGAGACAAGGACCUCCUCACGACCGGAGAGACCAAGGACCUCCUCAGCGGACCGGAGGAGGAGCAGACCGAGGAGACCAAGGACCUCCUCAGCGGACCGGAGGAGACCCAAAGGACCUCUAGCGGGACGGCAGGAGCCCACAAGGACCUCCUCAGGACGGAGGAGACCAAGGGACCUCGUUCAGCAGACCGGAGGAGAACCAAGGACCUCCUAGCGGGACCCCUCAGCGACCGAGGAGACCAAGGACCUCUCAGCGACCGGAAGACCAAGGACUCUUCAGCGGACCCGAGAGAGACCAAGGACCUCCUCAGCGGACCGGAGGAGACUAAGGACCUCGUCAGGGACCGGAAGGAGACCAAAGGAGCUCCUUCAGCGACGGAGGAAGACCAAGGACCUCGUCGGCAAGCGGACCGGAGGAGACCAAGGACCUCCUCAGUGGACCGAGGAGACCAAAGACCUCCUCAGCAGACCGGAGGAGACCACGGACCUCCUCAAGCGGACCGGAGAGGAGACCACGGGACCUCCUCAGGACCGGAGGAGACCAAGGACCUCCUCAGCCGACCGGAGGAGACCAACGACCUCCUCAGCGGACCGAAGGAGACAACGACCUCCUCAGUGGACCGAGGAGAGCAAGGACCUCCUCGUGGACCGAAGGAGACCAAGGACCUCGUCGGGCGACGGAGAGACAAGGACCUCUCAGCGGACGGAGGAGACCAAGGACCUCCAUCAGCGGACUCGACCGGAGAGACCAAGACCUCCUCAGCGGACCGGAGGACCCAAGGACCUCCUCAGCCGACCGAGAGACCCAAGGACCUCCUCAGCGGACCGGAGGAGACCAAGGACCUCCUCGGCGACCAGAGAGACCAAGACCUCCUCAGCGGACCGGAGGAGACCAAGGACCUCUGCGACCGAGGAGACAAGGACCUCCUCAGCACCGGAGGAGACCAAGGACCUCCCAGGGAGGAGAACCAAGGACCUCCUCAGCGGACGACCAAGGACCUCCUCAGCGGACCCGGACCAAGGAAAGGAGACCAAGACCUCCUCAGCGGACGGGAGGAGACCAAGGACCUCCUCAAGGACCUCCUCAGCGGACCGGAGGAGUAUUUACAAAACAAUGACUUUUAUCCACACCAUGCCAAGCUACAUGCCAGGCACUACUCAAAGUCAGCUACUGAAAUGAAAAAUUAG